AGAGGUAAAUGACCCGAAAAGCACUUCUGGUCUUCUUGCGAUAGCUUCAUGUGAGCCGAAGGUGUAGAAAAUCGCUGUGUCACGUCUGGUGUGGUUUUAUAAGACAGGCACUAAUAUAUCGUAUCAUCAGAUUGUCAUACAUUCCGUCUAAGAAGCUGUUGUAGCGUGUCCGACUAACAUUAGCUAGCGAUCAUGAGAGGUUUCCAUCGUGUACUUGCGGGUGUCCUCCGCCAGCAGCGAGCUUCUAGUCAGAAGACUGCGGGCGGGUCUGCUGUCCGCUUCUGUGUCAAGUUCAGCUCAAGUGCAACAGUCAAGUCACGCAUUCGGCCUGGGUAUGUCAUCCUCGGUGCAGGCCUGGCCUGUGGGACUGGCGCUGUGCUGUAUUCAGCCCACCUGAGGAAGAAAACUCUGGCCGCCACUCUGGAACCCAUCUUCAUGGCACAGCCCAUCACAAACAUGGCCACCUUACAGCAGGCCUCAGACAUGCGCAGCCGCAUGGAGCUCCUCAUCCUGAGAGUGCAGGCAGACGUGUGUCAGGCUCUGGAGGAGCUGGAAGCCACCGAAGGAGACAAGAAGUUUCUGGUGGACCGGUGGGAGAGGAAGGAGGGGGGCGGUGGGAUCAGCUGCGUCUUACAGGACGGACAAGUGUUUGAGAAAGCCGGGGUCAACAUUUCCAUCGUCCUGGGGAACCUUCCCCCCGCUGCAGUGCAGCAGAUGCGGGCCAGGGGCAAGAACUUCAAGACUGCGGACGGUGGCAACCUUCCGUUCUUCGCUGCGGGCGUCAGCUCGGUCAUCCACCCGCGCAGCCCCAACGUUCCCACAAUCCAUUUCAACUACCGGUACUUCGAGGUGGUGGAGGCGGACGGGACGCGGCAGUGGUGGUUUGGAGGCGGUACUGACCUAACACCAUCUUAUCUGGACACAGAAGAUGUGGUGCACUUCCACUCCACACUUAAGGACGCCUGUGACAAACAUGACAAGUCUCUGUAUCCAAGGUUCAAAAAGUGGUGUGAUGACUACUUCACCAUCCCCCACCGUGGAGAGUGCCGGGGGGUCGGUGGAAUCUUCUUUGAUGACAUCGACGAACCGUCGCAGGAAGAAGCAUUCCGUUUCGUUAAGUCCUGCGCUGAAUCAGUCAUACCUUCCUAUGUGCCUAUCGUGAAGAAGCAGAUGUCUCGUGGCUACGGCCUUGCAGAACGUCAAUGGCAACUUCUGCGCCGUGGAAGGUAUGUGGAGUUCAACCUGGUGUAUGACCGGGGCACGAAGUUCGGUCUGGCCACCCCGGGCGCCCGUAUCGAGAGCAUCCUGAUGUCACUCCCCCUAGCAGCCAGGUGGGAGUACUGCCACGACCCCGCCGCGGGCUCACCUGAAGCGAUGAUGCUAGAAGUUCUCAAAAAUCCCAGAGACUGGGUCGGAUCUCAGUAGUGGCAAUUCUCUCAAGUUUCUACUUUUUUUCACUGAGAAAAAUAGCUCUACUUUUGUAAUUCUUAACUAUGGCAUAGUUUUAAAAAGGCAACCAAACAAUAUCUCCAAAUCCCAACUUAAACCAGAAAAGAGGACUUUGUGUAGAACCCUCCAGUACAUGGGACCCAGUUUUGCAUUCACAAAGGACGGUAGCUUUUCCCAUGGUAUUGUCUUCUCAUAGGAAACCUACAUAUAUCUAUGACAUGAUUUACAUAUAAGUGACAUUUGCACACAAUCCUUACAAUUACAUGUUCAGCUGUUUUUCUAGUUAGAUGUUCUUGAAUCGCAGAAGUAAAUCUCAAUUUUUAUCCAGUUGCAGAGAUUGAAUUGUGCUUGAGUAUUGUUUAACUGGAUGUCAAAUGUUCAUAAAGUAUCAUAAAAUAUAAAAUUCAGUGUAUUUAACCUGAGUUUGCACUAUUUGCAAGGCCCAUUAAUCUCCAAGCAGAUCCUACGGUGCCAUAAGAUAGUAUCGAAGCCAGCCAGGGAGUAUAGCCCUGUAACAGUUAUAGUUGUUUUUCUAUAUCAUAAGUUGAAUCUACAUGUACCUUAUUACACUAAACAGCAGCAGUGUAUGAAUGUGACUUGUUGUCUCAUGAGAACAUCUUGAAAUAUGUACAUUUGCCACUGCAGCUUGAGUUGUUGACCAUUUUGUCCGGC